AUGGCCGACCCCACGCCGGUUAAAAGCGAACCGUAUAUCAAGCCAGACCCUGAUGCCGUGGCAUCCCCGUCUGCAACACCACUUGACGAUGACGACCUCUAUGAAGAUGCCGGCGAUCUAGAGUUCUAUGAUGCAAGCGGUGCUUCUGGCACGUUCAACCAGGCCUACCUAGCCAAAGUUCCUAAAGAGAUAUGGGACGCGUGGAGUAAUCUUCCCGAGGACGCGGAGAUCGAGGUUGGCACCAUGAGACAAUGGGACGUCAUCCGACCAGAUGGAGGAGUUGAUCAUCGCUUCAGGAUGCUCCUGAAUUCUGAAUUGGCAGGGCACCAGCUUAUGCCCAGGGAGUACGACUUGGAGAUGGGACCAGAGCUCACACGGGGAACCUUUGUUUUCUCCGAGGAGGACCUCCCCGGCUUCAAAGCGAAGUCAAAAGCGAGAAACGACGCGGCGAACAACGGAAUACCAGCACAUCUGCUACGACCAAAAGUUGACAGGCCUGCACGGAAGCCCUUCGACAGAAAGGCUCGCUAUCAGCCUUUCUAUCGGAAGGCCAUACCAAAAAAAACAAAGAUCAGGGCCCGUAUCCAGUACGAGAUGGGCUGCAAACCAGUAGAUAACGAAGAGAGCAGGGCAAUCCUGCAACUCAAACAGAUGGAGGCACACAAGCCAAAGCAUACACUGAAGAUCGUGGAUCAUUAUCAGAUCAGCGGGGUGAUUCAGCAGGGCUCAGCCGCUGCCCAGGCUAAAUUCGGCUCUUUCGUUAAAACUACGAAUCCGGUCAAGACGAGCAAACAGAAGAAGCCAGCCAACAAGGCAACUCGUAUGGACGAGACAGAAUUACGAGAGGCUCUUCUCGAUGCUUUUACCAACAGAUUCCAGUACUGGAAAAUGUCUGUCCUUAAGGCAACUUUCAACCAGCCAGAAGCGUAUCUUCGUCAAGAACUAGAGAAAAUCGCAGUCAUGAAUAGGUCAGGGCCUCAUUCCAAUGAGUGGGAAAUCAAACCCGAGUUCAAACUCAUUCAAAACCAAGCACUGGACCAAAGUGCGCCGGACGCAGUGGGAGACGACGACGACGAUAUGGACAUGGAGGACGUGGUACUUACGUGA